AUGGAUGAUAGAAGAGAAAGUAGAAAUGAUACCACUAGUAAUAGAGACUUAUCAUUAUAUGUUCGAUGGAAUAACGGUGGUGAUGCACUUUAUGACUUGUUUAAACAAUAUGGGGAAAUAAGAAACUUUAAUCUCGUCAAGAAAAGGAGGUACCUGAGGAAGAAAAUUUUCAAUGAUCCAAAUUUGUUAGGAUCUACAGCAAUCACUGUCAAAAAGCGUAAAGAUGAAGAGGGAAACUAUAACAGUAAUAGUGAUAGACAUAGAAACAACAAAAAUUACAAUAAUCCUUGUAGCUUUAAUAACAAUGAUAAUAGCAGCUGA